AUGCCGACCGCAGCUCAAAAGCCUCCGCCACGAAAGGCAACAAGACAGAAUUUCGUCUCCUCGACCAUCGAUCACCAGGUCGAGGACGGCACAGAUGAUGAAGAUGUCGAAGCCGUGCUGUGCAUGAAGACUACAGACAACGACUCAAAGGACUGCGUUCUCGUCGGAGAAGCAGAGGUACUCAACCCAUCGACACAAGCCCUGGAGAGCGUUCAUAUUCUCCUUGACACAGGUUCAGAUCACUCCUUCGUCACUGAAGACCUAGCAAAACGCCUCGGACUGAAUAAUAUCGACACGCUUCGGUGA